CCUCAGACACGUACAUGUACAUCUGUGACUGAUAGUGGAGGGCUCCAAGCACACUCCGACGGGGCCGAAAAUUAGUCCAUAGUACCUGACAUCUGGCUUACAUGUUACAGAAGACCAGAGCAUGCCAAGAAGUAAUGCUUCAUACAGCCAGCUGGUUAGUGGCACCAGACCAAGAUCUCUGGUCACCAGGACCGUUGUCAGCCUCAAGGAUGCACUUAGACACAGCAGUGAUCACAAGAAACCAUGCCGCAUUGGUCUGCACCCUCGCGGAGACUGCCACUAAUGUCCUCUCAGCAUCAAGGGCUACAGUGUGCAGAGGUCCACUCUCAACAUGAUGAAGGAAAGUGCCACCGUGCUCGGCAGGAGAGGCUAGAGAAAAGUCACUUACAAGCAGCGAUGGCCUGUGUAUAUAUACCCACUUGAUACGAGGCGGCCGACAGCAUUGGAUGCAGUGCACUACAGUACGUGGGAGCGUUUUUGGAUAUGCUAAGGCAAAUUUCCAUAUUCAUGAGCAGAUCUGUGAUGUCAUCCCGGGCGCCGAGCCUCCCCAAUUUUGCAGUGAUCUGUGCACAAAAAACCUGCGGGAACAUUUUUCUUUCUGAUGUGAAUUUCUGUUUCUUUGGUGAUAUGUUAAGUGCAGUGCAGUAACCCAAUGAGCAACCUUUUAUCAGAAAUGUUUUCUAAAAGCAUAUUUAUAGUUUGACGAGUUGAACAUAAAAGCAGAUACAUGUUAACUGAUCAGCUGGUGUCCUUACCUGAUUUAUAUCAUGAUGACAGCGCCGUCACUUGUCCUGAAAAGUCUAGACAAUUUUAAACCGACGAAAAGUGUGCCUUCCAAAACACCGCACCCCAGAAGGAUUUAAAAAGUUUUCAUACCUUUAAGAGAAGUGUAAGGAUCCAGACAGAGUUUGUCUGAGAAAAAUUCAUCGCACGGAUGCUUAAAUGUUUGGACAAAAUAAACAUGGUAAAUGUAUCCUUUUUUUAUUUGGUUGUCUAGGGGGUUUGUUAUGACACAAAAGUCUGGCUGUUUCUUCUUCACAAAGUUUGCAGAAAAUGGGAAUUUAAAAAGAGGUGUUUGGUGAAGGGAAAAAAAAAAUCAGUUCAAAUCCCCAAAUAACUUGAUGGAUUUUUUAGGGAAUACAUGUACGUGACAUGAAUUUGACUAAAGGGGACUUUGACCUGUGCAUUUUGUAUUGUACAUUGUGUCUGUCAUUUUUUUUUUGCUUUGUUCGUAAUUUAUAUGUAUGCUGUGCAGGGUCAACUUUGCCAGACUACACCUUACAAGGACAUGAGUUGAGACCAUCAUUUUCAGUGGUUCCAUUCAUGCAGAUGCACCAGAGCAUCCUAAUUGACAGAGUUCAUCCAAGAAACCUGCCAAGCAAGACUGAUUGUAAAGACGGCUGGCUGUUGACAGAUUAAGCCAAGAAGCUCAAAGCAUCCUGGUGAUGGACUACCCAGGCGACGAGCCGGAUACCAAAUGGAGGGCUUGCAACUCCAUCCUUGUACUAUGCAGAGAGCCAGUUCAGCGUCAGGAUUCAUCACACAGCUGUACCGCCGUUUCACAGGUGGAUCACAGGCAGUGCUCAGAUGAAGACACCUCUCUGCUGGGAAUCGAGUACCCGUAUUCCCACAAAUUACCAUUUUUAGGUGAUUCUCUGACAGGUUAUUCUCGCGGCAUAAAAGAGACAGAGAAUGUCCGAGUAAAUGAAAAAAGCCUGGAGGAGACGGUUGAGGCGGGAGCAGGUAGGGAGAAGGGUAAUCUGGGUCAGAAGGAAAGAGGAGAAAGAUGGCUCCAGAAGACAGAGAAGGAAUUACAGCCAGAGCAAGAAGGGGACAAGAAUUGGACAGAUUCCGCUGUCUUCCUAAAGGAGAAUGAUCCUGGACUUGGCCGUGACAUCGCCGAGGGCGGCCGCAAGAGCCGCUCACGGGUCAGGAUAGAUGGGGUGACCAAGCGUAGGAGGAGUGAGAGCAGAAGCCCACCCAGGGGAACCAAAAUGGCCAAAGCCGCAACAGACGAGCAAAAGAAAGCACCUCCUUGCAGAGGCACUUCUGCUCUUCAGCCCCAAGCGCCCAAGGUGAAGGCGGCUAGUGAUAAAACAGGCAGCAAACAGGAAAACUCGGCAAAGGGUGACCGUGAGCAGCCUCCUGACAAGGGAGGAGCAACCACUACAUCCAGGGGCGUAACGCAGCUGCUGAAUGCGGGAAAGAAAGUCGGUGACAAUGAUGAUGAUGACGAUGAGAGGAAGAGGCCACGCCCCUCAGACCCGACCAAGAAGGCUCCGAGUUGUGACAGCCCAGGUCGCAAAAAGAGAAAGAGAAGGAACAAAAGAGGCCAUCCUUCGCAUUCAGAGCACAGCCCUCCUGAAGGAUUUGACGGCAAACAGGAGGAGGGUAACUCCAGACCAGGGGAAGAGAUUGGGGGUGCCAGUCACCAGGCUGUUGCCGAACAAGAAGAGCCUUUGCUGUCUGACAGAAGAGAACAAGAGGCAGGAGAGUACAAGCUAGAAGAUGGAGAACAGACUGAGGCAGGGCCUGGCCAAGUUUCAGCCGCCUCUGCUCAGCGUAGAUCUGUCCCAGUGGAAGUUGCUGAAAACCCAGACGUUCCCGAGACCAGUCUGGCAAAUCUAAACAAGGCUGGAAAUGAGGAACAAAGAAUGCCAAGUGUGAACUUCAGGAGCCAGACGGAACCUGAAUGCGUGGAAAGUGGCUGGCAAGAACGGCAGCAAAGACUGCAAAGUGUGAACCCAUGCGGCACAUUGACCCUCAGCCACAAUGAGCCCCGAAACGAGGAGAGGAGUGCAAUAGACAGGGACCUGGCAUUGUCGCUGGAGCAACUCUACAUCUCCCGCGACCACAGAUCCAGAAGCAAUCUGGACACGAGUUGGCUGGAACAAGUGGACUUAAGCGACAUACAACCUGAUAUGUAUGGACCCCCGUCUGAUGGCAACGGUCCUGAGAUCUUCAAUCAGGCGUAUUUAAGCCAGUUACGUGCGUCAGGCAGCAACACCUCAGCAGGCGGUGGCCGCAACAGACCUCGAAGGCCCAUCCGCAUUGCUGCCAACUUUGGUCAGGAUGCGAGCAGCAGCCUCCGUACCCGUGAGCCACCGGAGGCUUUGCUGCGAGAUACAUCCGUCAGGGGUGUUGCCGGCCCCCCCACUGGCGUAUUGCCAUCAGCAGCAAUCGCAACUCAUGCCAGAUCAAGCGUGGGAUGUCACUCCGCUGGUACCGCUGGGCACGCUCAGCCGGGAGAGGCUGGCGCAGUGCCGUGCGUAGAGGACGACCCUCAAGACGAACCAGACAGUGAGGAGGAAGAAGACUCCAUGGAGGUGGAUUACAACUCCUUGGAGGAGGCAGACAAAGAUCACCAUUAGGCCUCCUGGAGAGAAAUCACAGGCUUACAUCGGUUGCUUAAAUCUGUAGUUAUGAUUUAAUUAAAGGCUAAACCCCUUGACAUUCUAUUUAAUUUGGUCAAAUAUGACAAAUUUGAGAUAUGGAAAAAUCUUAGCCCGUGUUGGUCAGUUAGCAAAAGACGAUUAUUCACCUCAGAUUGUUUCUCAUCAUCGUUAAUGCAUUGACCCACAUUAAUGCCCAUUUAGAAACAUUUAUUUUUCAUUUAAGUUAUCAAGAUGCUAUACAUGUACUUCAAAAUUUGCAAAUAAUUAGCAUUUUGAAAGACCCUUAGACACUGCUUCAUUUGAGGACUAAAGGCUUGUAACUGUUCCAUGCUUUUAAAAAUUGAAUGGUGUUCCCAUUGAGGCAGCCAAAAUACCAGCACUGUGCGGUCAUCCCAGUGGCUGAUCUGAACCUCACUUUUAACAACUUUGCCCCCUGCCCAACAGAGAUAUUGACAAAUGGGAAGAACCACUGACAUACAUGUAGGAUUGGAUAGCUCAGUUGGUAGCGCACUGGUACUGUGUUUCGGAGGUCGCAGGUUCAAAUCCCGCUCCAGUCAAAUUUUUUCUUCAUCUUUAUGAGUUUUUUGUUGGGCAAAAUUCCACACUGUAUGUGCAUUUUGUAUUUUCCAAGUUGGACAUCCACAUUGCCAGAGCAUUUGAAAAAGUCGCCCACUUAAAAUUGUCAUUUUCAUGAAAUUUAUUUCAUUUGGAAAUAUUAAUUAGCAAAAAUGCUUUGUAUGUCUGUAAGACAAUCACUGUUUAUUGCUACAUGUAUAACCAGUUAAUUUAUAUUUACAAGUGAAAUAAAUGCACAUUUAAACUAGCAGAA